CCAUAGCUUGUCUCUUCCCUUCUUCGCACUUCCUUCCUUCCAUCCCAUACUCUCUCCCUCCCUCUUUCUCUCCCUCCCCUCUUAUCGAUUCAUGGAAUGCAGAACGGCCGCCCACGAAGCAGAAGCCAUCACCACUUGGUUCGACGAUGAGCUCAUCGUGCGACAGCUACUCGACAAUGACUUCCCUUUCUAUUCGCCACCAGGACCAAACCCAAUCCCUGCCGAAGAAUUGGCAACUACCCAAAUCAUGCAGUCCACUCUGCGUUCACCGCCGACGGUUCAGGAAAUUCAAGCCCAAUGGAUGAACCAGCAACCCGAAUCGGUGUCUGAUUCUGGGUCGGUUUUGGUUUCUCCUUCCAGCUUUCUUUUGGGUUAAUUGCAGAGUUAGCUUGCGUGAGAGGGGAAUUAACAGAAUCGACAGCAACAAGUACACUGUGAAGCUCAAAUGGUGCGAGAAUGGAAUGGCGGAUGACGGCUAUAAAUGGAGGAAAUACGGACAGAAGUCCAUCAAAAACAGCCCCUACCCCAGGAGCUAUUACAAAUGCACAAAUCCACGGUGCAGCGCCAAGAAGCAAGUGGAGAGGUCGAGGGACGAAGAAGACAUAAUCAUCAUCACCUACGAAGGCCUCCAUCUACACUUCGCUUACCCCUUUUUCCCGGCCAUCCCUGACGGCGGCGGCGAUAAUCCUCCGACGCCGAAAAGGCCCCGAACAACUUCCCCGGGAACAGAGUCAGGAGAACGAUUCCGGGAAGAACCGCGGCCAGGGACAGAGUCGGCAAGUUCAGUUCUGACUUAUGGUAAUGGCGGAGAUUCUGAUGGAUUGUUUUUUAUGAAUGCCGCUCCCCAGGGACUGCUCGAAGAUUUGGUGCCGUUUGUGGUCAGGAACCCGGCGCCGUUGUUGUCAUCCUCUUACGCUGGUGACGGUGUUAGUAAUAAUAAUAGCCUCUGCUCCAACUCUUCUAGCUCUUGUUCGUCUCACCGGUCUUCGUCGGUUACUUCUUCGCCUUCUUGCUUUUCUUGGUCACCGGAAUCCCUAUCAUUCCUGUGACCGAUGUUGGACCAACAUCAAAUUUAGUUGUAUAUUUAGAAUUUAGGUCAAUCCAUAUUUUAAUUAGGAUUUCUGGAUAUUUCUUUCAUAUUUUUGUGUAAUAAAGAGAGAGAAGUUUUUUCCGGUCACUCGUAUUAUUGAGAAAAUCAGUCCUAUACAAAGUGGUGCAUAGUUGAAAAUGAUCAAGAAACGAAAUUGAACCCUACUAACGAAGGAAACAAC